AUGCCCAGCUUAGAGGCCGAGAAGGCUGCGCGGGCCUUCGGCAGCACCGCUCGCAUCUCGGCAGUCCCCAAAUCGCACCGCAAACCCUUCUACGCUAGAAAGAACUCUCUCGGCUGCGCCUACUCGGUAACGGUGUGCGUGCUCGUCUCGACGACGAUCGUGAUCAACCACCUCAUCUUCGGAUUCUCGCAGCUGGCUGGCGCCGACAUGGCGCGCCUCCCGUCCCGCGCUGCUGCCGCGUCGCCGCGGCGCUGCCCUCGCCCGCGUCGCAUCGAGGGUGGGAACAAGGCGUCGACCAACCCGGACUACUGGGACCCGGACGCCGGGCUGUUCAAGGCGGUCUUCGACGUGGGGCUCACCUUCAACGCGACGAGUCAAGACGCGGUCGAGCUGCAGGCCUUUGCGUACAGCCAGCUCUGCCAGCACACGCCCUACUACCCGGAGAUCGACUGCGAGCUGCAGUCGGACCAGAUGUCGGUGUGCGUGGUCCUCAAGUGCAAGCAGUUCCAGAUGUCCAAGCAGGCGGUGCAGAUGUCCUACAUGUACUCGAUCUGGGAGCUCUGGGAGAUGAAGACGAUUGAGCCGCUGCCCGGGGAGCCCGCCGAGUCCAUCUCGACGGCCAACGUGACCAAGGAGUACGGCAAGCCGGGCGCCGUGGUCCUCUUUGGCUUCUCGUUCGUCUGGCCGCACGUGAAGCUCGCGCUGCUGCACCUCUUCUUCUACCUCCCGAUGACGAGCAGGGGCCGCCGCAACGGCAACUACUGGCUCGCCGUCUUUGGCAAGUGGUCCUUCACCGACGUGCUCGUCAUGUCUGCGCUCGUCGGCGUCUUCCACCUCACGCUCGACACGACGGCGUCGGAGGUGUGGGACUCGGCGGGGCCGGACCUGAUCGAGACGUGCGGCGGGACCUGCGGAACGUUCAUGCACGAAAAGACGCACCCCUUCGAGGGGAUCGGCCAGGCGAUCGAGGCCAAGCUGCCGCCGCUGCAAAAGUUCAACGACUGGAACCGCGAGCAGCAGGACAAGAUGGACGCGGCUUGGGACGAGUUCGUGACGAAGCAGAAGGAGAAGAUGGACAGCGCGUGGGACAACGUCUUCCACCACGGCGAGGCUCCGUCGGCCGACUUCUCCUGCUCCUGCGCCUGGACGGCGAACUUCGCCUGCCCGGACGCGCCAAUGCCGGGCAACAAGGGCUACGCCCAGAAAGACAACUCGGCGUGCUACGCGUACUGCUGCCCGGAGGACGGCGCGGCGAGCCAGCCGUCGACCGGCCUCGCCAGCCGGAUCCCAAAGGCGGAGAUGGCAAAGGACCCUGCCGACCGGAUGGGGCAAGCCGCGUGUGCCAGCGGCUGCGCCAACCUCGGCAAGGUGAUCGGCGAGGCGCUCGACGCGGUGCACCCCGACCUCGUCUCGACGCUGCACGCCGGCGUGCAGAUGGAGGGGAUGGUCGCCAUGUACUCCUUCUGCAUCGCUGUCAUGCUCUCGCUCAUCGUCUCGAUCGUGGUCGAGCGGCUCGAGGGGCGCGGCGAGGGGGUCGUCGACCAUCACGCCGAGGCGCAGACUCGCCGCCCGCCGCCCCGCGUCCGUGCGCGCCCACCGCGCCCCUAUGAGCCACGCCUCGCCUGUGCUUCGUUGCCGCAGGGCUGGGACGGGUACGACUCCGGCGAGGAGGAGUCGGACGACGACGACGCGUUCGACGAGGACGCGGCCGGCUUCCGCGGGCGCGGCGUGCCGACUCCGCCACCGAGCCCGCCGGCAGAGGGGGCGGGCGGGAAGGCGGAGGGGGGGGAGGCGGAGGGGGGGGUGCGGCAGGUGGCGCCGCUGGGGCACGUGUCGGUCGAGGUCGACACGCCGGGCGACGAGGCGGGCUCGUCGUCCGCCGCGCCCGCCGCCGCGCUCGACGCCGGGACGGCGACGAGGACGCCGAUCCCCGAGACGCCGAGCGGACUCCGGAGGCGGUUGGCCGGCUCGGUCCACUUUUUGGAGGAGAAGACCAAGACGGCCGUCGGGAUCUUCUCUCCGGCGAAGGACACGCGCACGCCGCGCGAGAUCCGGAUAGAGCGCAAGAUCAAGAGGCAGAUGACGGUGCUGGGCGGCGCCAAGCCCUUCCCGGUGACGCGCGAGUGGGCGUGGCACUCCACCAUCUGCCUCCUCACCAGCGCGAUGCUCGCGUACGGCAUGUUCACGCCCUGCUUCACGCGCGAGGUGACCGGCUCGGUGCCCGCGCUGCUCAAGGACACCGGCUUCGACUUUGACGAGGAGUACUCGAUCUGGUCGCUCUCGGGCAUCAUCUACGAGCUCGGCGGCUUCAACCGCGCGCUCAUGUACACGACGUACCUCGUCUUUUGCGUCAUCGGGCCGGCGGUGCGCUGCAGCACGCAGCUGAUGCUGCUGCUGCUGCCGUUGCCCACCAAGGUGCUGCGCAUGCUGCACGAGCUCUCCCGCAACGCCUCCAUCUUUUACGCGCUCGAGGUGCUGCUCGUGGCCGUGCCGCUGCUCAACGUCACCUUCGGCCCCGUGUCGAAGAACCUGCUGACCGUCGAAAACUCGCCCGGCCUGUGCGGGCCGCUCGGCGAGAGGUACGGCCAGGAGACGUGCCUCAUGCUGGACGUGCGCCUCGCGAAAGGGUACUGGAUCAUCUGCGCGCACGUCGCCCUCUUCCUCUACUCGGGCUUCGACGGCUCGCCGACUCACAAGUACUGCCAGCACGAGCUACACCGCUCCGACUGCCCGCCCUUCCCGUGCUGUUCCAAGCAGCAGCAGGACAGCCCGCCGUCAGCACGGUCCGCGCGGCAGCCCACGAUGCAUUAGCGACAUUGCUUCGUCGGACGUCGCCACUUUUCUCAAACCCCUGCUUUCGACUGCUUGACUUGUGUGUGAGUUGUGUGUGACUUGUGACUUAUUGUGUCGUGUGAUGCGUGGUGUUGCGUACUGCUAAGCAAGAUGAGUCAAAUGAUAAAA